AUGGCCUUAGUUGGAAUAGCAAUUGUUCUUCCUCUUGUGUUGACACAACAAAGCUUAACAAAAACAUCAAUAACAACUACAACUGCGACAACAACUACUACUACACUUAGUUGUGUUUCGCCAUAUGUUCAAGCACCAUCUGGAAAUUGUGUCAAUAUAUUACUUGAUAUAAGUAAUUGUGGUGCAGUUUCAAACCUAUGUUCAGCUCCUGAUACAAGUUGUUCAGCUGGUACUUGCAGUGCUACUAUACCAGUUGUGACAUUGGCCAAUUACACUUCAAUUUGGACAGGUGGUGUUAAUGGACCAGCUGAUGACGAGAUUUUUAAUGUAACACUUCCGUUCAGUAUUACGGUUUAUAAUACGACCACUAAUUAUAUUCAAGUAACGACUAAUGGUGUUAUUUGUCUAAGCAGUUGUUCGGAUGCUUGGCAGGAAAGUAGUUUGAGCACUACUUCUUUUGGUGCUGCAGUUCUACCAUAUUGGGAUGAUCUUUAUAUCUAUGCGAAAACUUGGCAAGGUAUAUAUUAUGCAUUUCAAGGCACUGCUCCAAGUCGUACUCUUGUAUUCGAAUAUUAUAUGAGCCAUUAUGGAUUCCCGACUGAGUAUUAUCGUUUUCAAGUUAAAUUUGUUGAAUCUACACCUAACAUUAUUCAAUUUAUCUAUUUUGAGGCGUACGAUACAGGUGCUAGUUGCACUGUCGGUGUUCAGGGUUCUUACACUGGCCAAUACAUCCAAUAUUCUUUCAACGUAAAUGGUUCUAUAACACAAAGUAUGGUUCUUACUUGUGAUACUAAUGCUGGAACUUGUACUGCUAGUACAAUUACUGGAUAG